AUGCAGAAUUCAUUAAUUUAUUCAAGCAGUGCAUUAUGUAAAACAGAACCUGAGGAAAGUCUUGGAAGCAAAGCAUUAGAUGUAUUAAAAGAGAAGAUCAAAAUAUUUGAAUUAGAAAAGAUUCCAUAUUUAAGUCAUUCACAAAAAAAAAAGAUGGCUGAUAAAUAACGAAGCAAAUCUCAAAAAUAUUAGAUUCACCCUAAAGUUAAAUAACCACAAUAGCAUUCUUAAAAUAGGAUAUCUAAUAAGGAACAACCCAUUAGCUCUUAAAAUAGAUUUUCCAUGCAAAUAUUGGAAUCAGUUAAAAGUAGAUUAAGUAUAUAGGAGGCCAAAUUGAUGGAUGUGCCUAUAGUGAAAGUUUCAAGAGAAAGAGUAUUAAGUAGUAAAAAGGAAUCCGAAAAUAACAUUUCUUUAAUUUUGAUGGAAAAGUAUUAUUAAUCUACCAUUAAAUAUGAAGAAAAAUAAUUAAAAUAAACUACAAAAACGAACCAGCCAAAGCAUACAUCAAAAUUGAUGAUAAAUAAUUAAGCAGUAAAGAACUUUUAGCGUAAAAUUAAAAAUAGCAGAAGAGAAUUGUUAAAAGAACUAAAUACUUCAAUCAAUGAUCAAUAAUAAAAUAUCUAGUAACCAUAAUUGAAAUCCAUUGCGGCUGAAGGUUCAAAUUUGCAGGAAAAAAAUAACAUAAAAUAUAGACCUAUCAAGACUGUUUAUCUUAAAAGAAAUUAUUCAACUUCUUCAUGA